UAUGGGACUGCCUUAAAAUUUGGAGCUUGAGAAACCAGCUCUUUUACUGUAGCUGUGCUUCAAGAAUCGUUACUGUCUUCAAAACUGAGAAGAUGGAGACACAUUUGAUUUUAGUGGGUCUGCUGUCUAUCUGCAGCCUCUCCUUUGGUCAAGACUGUAGUCAACAGCUUCUGGAGAAUGUGGAUUUCCCAGGAACAGACAUAACAUCUGUCUACUCUCCUGAUGUUGAGCACUGUCAGAUGCUUUGCACUCAGCACGCCUCCUGUCUCUUCUUCACCUUUAUUAGGGCUGACUGGACCAGAGACAACAGGCACUUCUACUGCUACCUCAAGACCACUCCCAGCGGACAGCCCAGUGUUCGGACUCCACUGCUGGGUGUCACCUCAGGAUUUUCUCUCAAAUCCUGCAGCUCAGACUUACAGCCUUGUCUGUCUAAGGUGUACCAGAACAUCGACUUCCCUGGGGAAGACUACCGCACCUUGUUCACAGCAGACUAUGAAGGGUGUCAGAGGGAAUGCACACGGGACCCUGCCUGUCAGUUCUUUACUUAUGCUACUGGGGUUUACACACCAGAGAAGAUCAGGUACAAGUGCUUCCUUAAAUUCAGCUGGGCCGUACCAAGGACUCCUAUUGUAGAAAAAAAGACAGGUGUAAUAUCUGGAUUCUCCCACAAUGUGCAAAUGGCUCAACACUCUGACACAGCAUGUCAGGGCAAGCUUUUCCCAAGCACUGACAUCCCAGGAAGUGACUUCAUGACUCUGCCUGCAGCCUCUCCCGAACACUGUCAGACACUGUGUUCUGCCCAUCCGUCCUGCACCUUCUUCUCUUUUGUCAGUAAUAACUUCAACUGUUACCUGAAAGGCAACAAAAAUGAGAUGGUGACCACAGCUAAAGCAGGAGUCACGUCUGGGCUCCCAGCACACUUCUGUCAGCUGGAUAACAACUGGGUUAAGCUUGCUCACGAGGGAGUGGACUUCCGAGGUUCUGACAUACGCUUUGAGCUGAUGGACAAUGCAGACAUAUGUCAGAGCACCUGUACUGCUGAUCCUAACUGCCAGUUCUACACCUACGUAAAUGAAAGCUUCUCUGACCGCAGUUACUGGCGCCGCUGCUAUGUUAAGCGUGUCAUCACCAUGCCUGCUCCUCCUAAAGUUACCAAACUGGCCAAUGUUGUGUCAGGCUUCCACCAGAGGAACUGUGUGUAGAGUGCUCCACUAUAAUAAAGGAUGGUCAUCAACAGAGGGGGUUUGGUGUUUUUCAAUAAGACCAGAGAUGAACUUCUCAGUAUCUACAAUAUAAUGGUCUAAUCAUUUCUUUAAAUCUGUUUUUUCUGUUAUAUCAAUAACUGAUGCAAGUUACCAUUAAAAAAAUAAAACCUA